AUGGGUGGUAAAACCCGGAACUCAAACCCUUCGAAUCCAACCAACUUCAAGGAACACACCCAACCCCCCAAUGAGGUGACGAAAGAAGUGACGAAGGUUCGAUUGGCACUCCGUGAAGCAUCUCAACGAGUAGACGUUAAACCAGUGCAAGCCCUGGCGACUACUCUUCGGGAUACCCCGGACUACGUGAAGGCUCAGCUCGGAAAACUCUCCACCAUCAGACGAGAUUUGCGGAAGCAACGUGAGAGAUCUCUCCCUGCCCUUCCAAGGAACGUCACCGAGUUGGAGAUUUCACCGGAGUUUGCUGUGACUGGAGGAGAGGAUUCUCGGCCCUUCCUAAUCCAUGACAGCGGCCCUCGUAGAGACAGGGGGUUUUUGCAGUUGUGCUAA